AUGUAUUCAAGGAGUUAUUUGUGCGAGGACGAUGAGUGGGGGGUGCAGGGAGAAGGAUUACCUGUUGAGAUGACAGGAGGUGACGAAAUGAAUGAAGAAGAUUUUUUUUGUAGCAAUUUAGAAGGUACCCAUGGGAGGAGGAAGGCGCCACAGUUGAGUAGCACAGGAAAUGUAUUAUCCGGAAGUGAAGCCAAAUUGGUAAGAGGGAGCAGCAAGCAGAGCCUUCCGCGGGGGGAAGACCAUCACACGACACGUCACGCUUCGGUGCGUAACGCCGCUGUACGUCACACCUCCGUACGACACGCUUCUAUACGAGACGCCUCUAUACCAGAUGCUACCUCCAUGAGGUGCUCCACCGAUGUGCACUCUGCGAGAAGUGCCCUCUGGUUCGACUCGAAUGAGAGCAUGCCAUCCCAGGGGGGAAGAAGAAUAAAAGAGAAACAGAAGGGAGAACAGAUUAACAAAGGAGUUGAUCACAGAACGAAUGUGUUAAGUGAAGACGUGGGACAAGGACUAACUCAAGUGAAAGCGAAUAUGAAUUCAUCAUUUGACCUGUGGGAGAGUAACAGCCACCCUGUUGAUAACCCCGAUGGGGAGGUGCAACAGCUGGAAGAGGACCUCCUCCUCAAAAGGAAGACGAACCUGUAUAACUACAAGUUUAUCUCCGGAGGGGAGACUUCCCACGAGGUCGACCGGUGUGGAGAUUGGGGCCAGCUCAGCCACCAGGACAUGUGCCACGAUGAUUAUAUGAAUGGAGGGCGCACGGAACAUUCUAGUGUCACAGUAAGAGCGAGCGGGGAGAGUCGCUACUUACAUAUUAAACAGAAGCAGGUGAAGGAGGUUGGCUCGAGGGAAGGGGGGGGGAGGAGGAGCUCUUCAAGUGCGCAUAUAAAUAAAGUAAAGAAGACUCCCUCGAGUAGAAGUCUUCUACAUGAUAGUAACAUGAGCAGUCACCAAAACGGAAGUGCGAGAGGGUCGGUAAGCUCAAUGAGGAGCCACCAGAUGGACCAUCCCCACGAGGAAGAGAAAAAAAUAACAAAUUCAAAAAAAGAAAGCGUGAGGAGGAGUGUUAGGGGUACGGACCGAUUAAUGAGGUCUGUAUCUACCACUCUGUCGGAGCCGUCGGGGAAGCCGAACACACAAGUUAGUCUUAUCAUGAGUAGUAGCAGUAGCAGGGGUGGUGAUGAUGCGAGGGGCACGCAAGGACGACGACCUGUCCCCCGUGACGACUUGAACGACACGAGAGGAAAAGUCAAAACAAACAUGAAGAAGAAGAAGGAGAAGAAUAGCAACAACGAGAUGGUGUCCUCAUCGGAUGAUGAGGGACGUCUGCUCGACACCACGGCGCUCAGCGAGGAGAGUAAAUUCUUUCGAGAAAUUAAAGAGUACCUCAAUUAUAAGAACAGGGUCGGAGCGAAUGACGCGGAGGAUGCAGAGGACGCGUCUGCGGGAGUUACAACCCAGAGGGGCCAUAAGGACCCCCUCGAGUGGGACAUCCAAUUGAACCGAUCAGACAAAAGUUUAACCAAACGGAGAAGCUCCUCAAGGAAGAAGCAGCCCCCCAGGGAGUCAUCGCCAUGCGAGGGGGAGACACACACGGACCCUACAUCUCACCAACGAAGUGGCAGCGGAAAGCCUGUCUCGCAAAACGUGGGGCAGGAGGGCCAAAGGAGAAAGGAACAAGAAGGUGGGCUUGUCGCAAAUCAACACUACUACAACGAAGUGAAUGCGCAGGGGGUGCAGCACACCAACAUAUACACACAGUUAACCUUAAGAGGGGAACCAAUGGAACGCGUCGAGGGGGUGACGGACCGGUCAUCGGAGGAGGAAACCAGCCAAGCUGAAUGCAAGGGGGUAGCUCUGAGUGGCCACGUCAGCACGAAUGAAAAGCACCCCACGACAGAGCUGGGUAAGAAGAGGCAUGAUACUCUGUACUCCCCCGACAGGAACGUAAUAAAAAGGGAAGAGAGGGUAGCGAAAGGGGAGGGGGUGGUGGAGCAGGAGAGGAAGAAGGAAGAAAAUCUCAACACAGAAGAGGUGGAACAACACCCUCCUCCUCUUAAUGAUGAAUGCGGCAAUGGUGUGGGGAACAAUCCGGUCGGGGGGGAAAGCGGCCUGAGGAUCAGGUUCCCCUUUCCACAGAGGGGAAAAAAAUUUAAGGACAUUUUCAUUUCGCUCAUUAAGAGGGGAGAUGCGGGAAGGAGUCCAGAGGAUGGGUCCAAUGGACAAGCGUCGCUGCAACGUGACAACGCGCAGCAGGCAGAACAAGAAGCGGGACAAGCGGGACAAGCGGCAGAGACGGGAGACGCGGCAGACGUGGGAGAGGCGAACGAAGAGGGCGAAGCGGACGAAGCCAAUUCCGGCAGCAGAAGAAAGCCAAACACUUUAUACAAUAACUUCCUCGAAAGCCUGAAGCAUCCCUCAUGUAGAAGUGUAAUUGACCAGGUCAGGACGUUCAUUCACAGGUUCCCCAAGGAUGUUAGCAGAGAGGCCGCAGCAAAAAAAAUUCAUGAAUUCAUAAAUGAGACACAACCGAUUCUUCUUCAUUGUGCCAUUUAUAAGAAUGUAAAUAAGUACCAGGCAAAUGUAAUCAUUGAGGGGUAUGAAAAGUUCCUUCUUCAGAAAUUGCACCCCCAUGUGUAUAGAAUGGAUCCUAAGGACAAAGACGAGGACGAGAAAAUAUACACAAAAAUAAAUUGCCUGCAGUGGGUUGAACUCAAGCACUUGGAAAUAACACAGGGCAUUCAAUUGGAACGACUAAAGCAGGCGCAGGCGGAACUCAUGCGAAUACAAAAGAUGAGGGCCCCAAACGAUAAGCUGAUCAUGGUGCUUAACUGUUGCCGCAUCGUCACGGCAGCUGUUUAUGCGGCCAAGAAGAGUUCGAGGCGCAAGCGCGGGGGGAAGAAACACGCAGUGCGCCAGCGGGGUGAUCUCGUCACGGUUGAGGAAAAUGUUGAGACGACGGUGGAAAGUGACGGGCAGGAUUCUCACCGUGACGGUGAUGAAGGGCACGUUGCGCACACUGCGGACGCUGCGGAAGUUGAACAGGACGACGACGAGCUGCUGCCCUGCGCGGAUGAAGUACUCCCCGUGAUCAUAUACGUCAUUAUCAAAACCAACCCACCAGAACUUAUUUCGAACAUUGCGUACAUUCAAAACUUUCGGCACCCAAACCACUUUGUGUCGGAGGAAGCCUACUCCUUUACUCAGUUCUGCAGUGGCGUGGAGUUCAUUAAGGAACUUGGUAAGUCUACCUUCCUCAACAUGCCUGAGGAGGAAUACAAAGAAAAGGUCUCCCAGGCGAAGCAGUUUUACCUGGACGAAGUUAAGGAGAGCAAUAAGAAGUUGCAGGAAGCCGCGGGGAAACUCACCAACUUUAUUAAACUCUCAAAUGAGAAGAAGCUUUGUGUUAAUGUUAUUAACAAAAUAGAAGCUGUACCGUUGCGUUUCGAGGGGGAGGACAAUUUCAACGGUCUCACCGUUUCGCAGUUGGCUGACCUUUUUGAAGAGUACAAGCUGCUCGUGCGGAUGAAAAAUGAUAUUUUGCGGGACAUGCAGGAACACGAGCAGGCGCUCAGCGCAGGCGACGCGUGA